AAUGCGCCCUACAGAUAGAAAACUUGCUUCAAAGCUUAAACGUUCAUCGAGUGUUGGUUCAUUACUUUAUCUUCUUCAACCGUUCAACUUUCCGGCCGCCGCCACCGUAGUUUCUUCUUUCUAAAUUGCUUGUCGCCGUUCUAGUCGCUCGCCAAUGAGAUUAUGGUUACAAAGCUAUUCUUCAGGCCGCAGUCGUUUCCUCUCAUAGCCUUCACCCCGAAGUUCAUCAUCCCCCAGAAGCAUUUUCUCCCGAUAUACUUCACCUCACCGUUUUCCUCCACCACAGUCCACUCCCAAUCACAGUUCUCAGACCAAAGUUUCUCCUAUGGACCUUCUCUUCGCAAGGGCGUCCAUCCAUUUCCAUCGGUUUCCGGACAGUCCCCAUUCGAUCAUUCUCAACCUCUUCUCAAGACCCUAAUCGAAAAUCCGGAGAGGGAACAUUUGCAAAACGAGGAGAGUGAAGAAGCCAUAUUCGAUGAAGAUGCCUUUACUCGAAUUUUCGACAUCGUUGCACUUCGAGUUCUUUCCAGAGGCUGUUUCGAGCUUGAGAAUCGGCUGCGUGGCCAUCUCUUGAAUUGGCCACGGAUUCACAACAUUGCUAGAGUUCCCGGCGAUGAGGUGGAGGCCGAAUUGGUGGAGCUUGUGGGAGAGCAGAAUUGGAGUAAUUUCGAUGAUGGAGAUGAAAUUGGUAUUGAUUUGUUGCACCGGAGAAUUUAUGGGAAAGCUGAGGGCGAUGGGAAGCCUCUAAGUCCCGUGUUGUACAGGGAAAGGCUAGUGAAAACGUUUGAUUCAAAAGGAUAUGUGAACUUCAGGCAUUUGGCGAAAAUGUCAAGGCCGAAGAAAAGGAAGGAGAAGAAGGAAGAAGGGAGAGAUGAUGGGAUAAGAAGAAUGGGUAAAAGUGAAUUUUUCGUUGUGGAAGUUGUGGAAAGUGAGGAACUGGAAGUAGAUGAUAUGAAGGGAUUGUUGGGAGAUGGGUUUAAGGGUGGAAAAUGGAUGGGUUCAACUAGAUUGUUGCUUUUGGACGAACGAUAUGCAGGCAAAGGCAAAGAAGAGCUGCCAGAGGCGAUUAAGGCUCUGCUGAAAGAAGAUAACCAAGAUAGGAUGAAACCGACAAUUGAGCUUGUGAGGUGCAGACUUACUGUAUUUUAUGAUUAUUGGCAGAUGAAUGAGGUUUUGGAGGUCUUACUUCCACAGGAUAUGAUCAUUCCUUCAGCCUUUGAAACCGUUGGACAUAUUGCACACUUAAACCUUAGAGAUGAACAUCUCCCAUACAAGAAGCUUAUAGCCAAGGUUGUUUUGGAUAAAAAUAAGCCAAAGAUACAAACAGUAGUGAAUAAGAUUGAUGUCAUCAGCAAUGAUUACAGGACAAUGCAACUUGAGGUUUUAGCUGGGAACCACUCCCUUGUGACCACAGUAGUUGAGAAUGGUUUACGAUUCCAUUUGGACUUGGCAACAGUGUAUUGGAAUUCAAGGCUUGCAACGGAGAGACACAGGCUACUAAGUGUCUUUACCAGCAAUGAUGUUGUUUGUGAUGUCUUUGCUGGAGUUGGUCCAAUAUCAAUCUCUGCUGCAAGAAUAGUAAAGAAAGUAUAUGCCAAUGAUUUGAAUCCCUAUGCGGUUGAGUAUCUGGAAAGAAAUAGUGUAGCCAAUAGACUCGAGAGGAAGAUUGAGGUUUUUAACAUGGAAGGAAGGAGAUUCAUCAACGCUAUGUUUGCAAGUGAGAAAGCUCCUAAGAUAACACAAGUUGUCAUGAAUUUGCCAAAUGAUGCUGCUGAAUAUCUAGAUACUUUCAAAGGAAUACUAGGAGACCGAUCAGAUAUCGAUUUUACAUUGCCAAUGAUCCAUGUUUAUGGAUUCUCUAAAGCUCGAGAUCCAGAAUUCGACUUUCAUCAGAGGAUAAGAAUUGCACUAACUGAGGUUGCAGUUGAUGUGGAUAUGCGAAGGGUCCGACUUGUUGCACCAGGAAAAUGGAUGCUAUGUGCUUCUUUUAGACUUCCCAGAAGUGUAGCUUUAUCUAAGCCUAGAUUUAAUAACAAAUAAAUUACAUAAACCUUUAUUUUCCCCCUGAUAUGAUGUUAUAGUUCAUAUAAGUUCACGUUUUCUUUUCAUUUUUUCAAAAAUAUAAUUUUGGUAAAUAAACCAUUCACAUAUUCCCAUUUAAGGGCA